AUGGUCAAAGACUAUCUCAGUCCUGACGGCGAUCUCCUCGAGGAAAGUAGCGAUGAACAUGAAGGGUCAUCUUCCGAAGACGAAGAACGCGGUCGCAAGCCAGCAAGAAGCUUUGAAGGUACUGCCUCCGGCAAGUCGCCAACAGGAGAAGUCUUGGACAAGAAUGCUCGCAAGACGUUGAGCCUGUUGGCAGCCGCUGAGGAAGAGCGUAUGCAAGUCGCAUCCCAGCAACCUGCGUAUCAUUAUCGCUCGCUUUUCGACGAGCCCGAAAUCACCAUUACAGGGCCGUCAGGAGAGAAGAUGCAGAAGUCCAGCAAGACUGGGGUACAUCCAGCUACCAGUUUUGACGAGCCUCCGCCUUCCGGCUACCGGACGCCAAUAGAUUCAGACACCGAAGCUGAUCUCACUGACAUUAAGCGCGCGCAGAAGCUCUCUUUCUCCAUGACACCCAUCAUGUCAACACCGGAAGCACAUCGCGCUCUUCGCAUCGUCUACCGUGGAGAGUAUUCAAAGAUCGUACAGGAUGCCGAAGAGGAACAUCGCCGCCUACGAAAGUACCUCGUUGCAACAGACUUGAGUGACGAAUCCACUCAUGCAUUAGAAUGGGCUAUCGGCACUGUCCUACGCGAUGGUGAUACUCUCAUCGCUAUCUACUGCGUUGACGAGGAAACUGGAAUCGUCACCGGCGAAAACUCCCUUGUCCCUGAUGAUCCUAGGGCGAUGAAAGAGCAGGCGAAUGCUAUCAAUGCCAUGACGGCCAGUAGGGCCCCUGUCAGCCCCGGUGGCAACAUCAUGCCCUUGCAACAUCGGGCUUCACCGCUAAUGCAUGCCGUUGACCAUGCAAGUGUUUCACCUGCUAGUCGUGAACGCAAUAAGGCAGAGGAAGAGCGACAUCAUGCAGUUCAAGAUAUCACAGAGAGGGUAACCAAGUUACUACGCAAGACGAGGCUCCAAGUUCGCGUGAUUGUGGAAGUCCUCCACUGCAAAAACCCGAAGCAUCUUAUCACCGAGGUCAUUGAUAUUGUCAGCCCAACUUUAGUGAUACUUGGCAGUCGUGGACGAAGCGCAUUGAAGGGUGUCAUUCUGGGCUCGUUCUCAAACUACCUAGUUACCAAGAGCUCGGUCCCCGUCAUGGUAGCGAGGAAACGACUACGAAAACAGAGCAAGUACAAGCGUCCAUUAGUUCAGCAGGUGAACAACUUGAGCAGUCCGGCUGCGCGAAGUCUGGCAAAUGCAAAGAUAGACUAG